GAUCGCGUAGACUCCCGGCCGUCGCGUUACGCUGCUUGCGUUACGCGCCUGGCGUCACCCCGCGCUACGCAACUUGCGUUGCGCCGCGUUACGUAGUUUCCGUCCCGGCGGCGGGAGCGGGCCAAGAUGGCGGCGGGGCCCAUCUCGGAGCGGAACCAGGACGCCACCGUGUACGUGGGGGGCCUGGACGAGAAGGUGAGCGAGCCGCUGCUGUGGGAGCUCUUCCUCCAGGCCGGGCCCGUGGUCAACACGCACAUGCCCAAGGACCGGGUCACCGGGCAGCACCAAGGCUAUGGGUUCGUGGAGUUCCUCAGCGAGGAGGACGCGGAUUACGCCAUCAAGAUCAUGAACAUGAUCAAGCUGUACGGGAAACCGAUCCGCGUCAACAAAGCCUCGGCCCACAACAAGAACCUGGACGUGGGGGCCAACAUCUUCAUCGGCAACCUGGACCCCGAGAUCGACGAGAAGCUGCUCUACGACACCUUCAGCGCCUUCGGGGUCAUCCUGCAGACGCCCAAAAUCAUGCGGGACCCCGACACGGGCAACUCCAAGGGCUACGCCUUCAUCAACUUCGCGAGCUUCGACGCCUCCGACGCCGCCAUCGAGGCCAUGAACGGGCAGUACCUCUGCAACCGCCCCAUCACCGUCUCCUACGCCUUCAAGAAGGAUUCCAAGGGCGAGCGGCACGGCUCGGCAGCCGAGCGCCUGCUGGCAGCCCAAAACCCCCUCUCGCAGGCGGAUCGGCCCCACCAGCUCUUCGCCGACGCCCCCCCUCCGCCCUCGGUCCCCACCCCCGUGGUCACCUCGCUGGGCCCCGGGGUCACCCCUCCGGGCCUCCCCCCCCCAGGAUCGUUCCCCCCGCCGGUGCCUCCCCCCGGAGCGCUGCCCCCCGGCAUGCCCCCUGCCAUGCCGCCCCCCCCGAUGCCACCAGGAGCAGGAGCCCCCGGCCCCCCCUCGGGGGCUGCACCCAGCGGCGGGCACCCCCCUCACCCUCACCCCUUCCCCCCCGGCGGGAUGCAUCACCCAGGAAUGCCCCCCAUGCAGGUGCACCACGGCCCCCCCGGCAUGGGCCAGCACCACCCAGGACCCCCGGGCUCCGGAGGGCAGCCCCCGCCACGCCCCCCGCCUGGCAUGCCGCACCCCGGCCCCCCUCCCAUGGGGAUGCCGCCCCGAGGACCUCAUUUUGGGUCACCCAUGGGUCACCCCGGCCCCAUGCCUCACCACGGGAUGCGCGGCCCCCCUCCGCUGAUGCCUCCCCACGGCUACAACGGCCCCCCUCGCCCCCCACCCUACGGCUACCAGAGGGUCCCCCUGCCCCCCCGGCCCGCCCAGAGGCCCCCCGGGGUGCCCCCGCGGGGUCCCUUGAGGGGCCCCCUGCCCUAAAAGCAGAAGCUUCCUGCUGGGACUUGCUCCCUCCCCAUCCUCAGCCCUCCGUUCCCCCUUGGACUGAGGUGUUCGUGCCCGGGAGGCGUCGCUGGGUCCAUCCCCGCCACAGCUCCCCCCUCUUUUUUUUAUUCCCCCC